AUGGUUCAAGGAGGAAUUGAUCCAUAUGCAUCACUCGCGGCAGCGUCUGGUGCAUUCCCUAUGCAACAACCCGGACAAAUGGCUGCAAUGACACUUAAGAUGGCCAAUCCUCAACAACCAACUCUAAUGCCUGCUACGGUGGCUGCACCUCAAAAUACAGCUCCACUUCCACCUCAGGUGACUGUAGAAAAUGAUCCACCAUUGCCGCCAAUUGCAUACUCACCUCCGACUGGGCUUAACAUGUCCCUGGCAUCUCAACAACAACAGCAGCAGCAUCAACAGCAUCAACAGCAUCAACAGCAUCAACAACAUCAACAACAGCAGCAGCAACAACAACAACAACAGCAGCAGCAGCAGCAGCAGCAACAACAACAACAACAACAGCAGCAGCAGCAGCAGCAACAACAACAACAACAACAGCAGCAGCAGCAGCAACAAUCUGCUGUUGGAUUGAUCAAGUCUGAACAACAACAAAUCACAGUCACUACAGUAUCACAACCGUUGGAAUGUACUAAUGCCACAAAUGCAUUGACUACACCUGUGUCAGUAUCUGUAGCCUCACCAACGAACAUUACCAAUGUUGGAGCUGGGUCCCCUUGUUCAUCUAGCGAAGACAAAAAUAUCCAAUCAAAGAGACUUCAUGUAUCAAAUAUACCCUUUAGAUUUAGAGAGCCUGAUUUGCGUGCCAUGUUUGGGCAAUUUGGACCAAUUCUAGAUGUCGAAAUUAUAUUUAAUGAGCGUGGAUCAAAGGGAUUCGGUUUUGUAACGUUUGGGAAUAGCGCUGACGCUGAUGAGGCUCGCGAACAUCUUCACGGAACAGUUGUUGAAGGCAGAAAAAUAGAGGUGAACAAUGCAACAGCUAGAGUGCAGACUAAAAAAGUAGCGGCUCCUUUGCAAUUACCAAAUGUAUUACUCUCUAGAAACGGAGUAUUGCCGAACCUUGCCGCUGCAGCAGCACUCAGAGGGGCAGCCAUACAGCGCGGCCGGGCUGUAGCGGCCGCGAAUGCCGUCAGGAACGCGGCCGCAAUGGCUGCCGUGGCCGCGGCGUCCAACGGUGGAUUUCCGUCGGUUGGCGCUCCAGGAUUUAACGCUGCCAGACUGCCAGCGACCAGUAUUGCCGUCACGCCCAAUCCGUUACAAGCCAUCAACACGGCUCCCGGUACUUACGCCCCUAAAAUGUGUUUCAGUGGAGUGUACUAUGAUCCAUUUCUGGCAGCUCAAGCUGCAGACAAUAACUACAGGUUACAGGCAGGAGCAGUCAAUGAGGUAGCUGCCGCAGCAGCAGCCGCAUCGCCCCUACUUAAGGCCGCAGCCGCAGCCCAAGGGACUCCAGCGUUGUCGUCCGCCGCAGCGGUGGCCCAAGCGCAACAGGCGUCCUACGUUGCCGCCGCCACGUAUACGGCCGCAGCGGCUAGAGCGUAUAAUGCGGCGGCUGCAGCCGCCAACAACCAGAUGGCCAACCCGGCGGCCGCCGCCGCUGCUACGUACACGGCUUUGCCAGCUGGAUAUACUGGGCGUGAAUACACCGCAGAAUCAUACUUAGCUAGUCACGGUAUCGGUCCAGUCACUGGAUACGGGCCAAUGUACCGAAGUGGUUACAACCGAUUCACCCCGUACUGAUUAUAAUAUAUAAGAUAAUAAUAUUAUCCUACGAGAUUAUUAUAUAAAUUACAAUUAAUUAUAAUUUUUACUCAAACAUAUAUGUGUAAGAAGGCAGCCAUAUAAAAUAGUAUUUAUAUAUAUAUAUAUAUAUAUAUAUAUAUACUAUUAUAUCCAUUGAUAUGCAUAUAAAUUUGAUAACGCGGUGACGAGAUGAAUUUAGAUUAUAUUAACAUUCUUCCAUCUGGUACCUCCUCUCCCCAACCGUGUGAGAGACUUGGGCAAUAACUUUUGUAAUACUUUUUGAAAAAUUAUACCACAUAAAUAUAAUAUAUAAUAAACGUUGUACUUAUUACAUAAUUAAUUAAUAACUGUAGUCGUCUGCAUUUAUCUCUGUUACCGUCGUUGUCAAUAUUGCGUAAAAAGUAUAAAAAGCUGACUACCCGACCCUUUCUACUAGCCUCCACUUCAACCGCUUAGAUUUUUUUUAAUAGUUAAAUUAUUUUAAGUAUUAAUUGUAUAUUAACGAUUUAGGACUCAGAACCCUUUCCGAAUUUUGUACAUCCAUGUAUUUUGUACGCCAUUAAUUUGCUUAUAUUAUUAUUUUAAUUGUUAUUAUAUAAUUAUUAUUAUGAUUCAUUUUCUGAUCCCUGCUGACCAUCAUUUGUUUCCUCUACUCCGUUUCCAAAUAUUGUUGAAAUAUAUCGAUAAGUAGUAACUAUGAACAAAAUAUCAUGACAAAAAAAUAUACAUAAAAAACAAAAAAAAAAAAAAUUACCUUAGAUUAGAAUGCUUACAUUUGUAUGAUAUACUAUAUUAUAUUUGUUAUUAUUAUUAUUAUUAUUAUUUGACAUAAAAUCGUUCGAAUCUCAAUUGAUGGACAUUCGUGAGUUGGUGGGGAAAAAAAAGAAUCUCGACAGUAAUAAUUAAUUUUUAAAAAUAAUGAUGGAAUAGUAACAACAUUGAGAAUGGCGCUCGUUAAGGAUGACGGACGAUCAGUGAAUUUUCUCUUUUCUAAGAGUAAAAUUUUAUCACCGUCGUUACCUUUUGAUUCGUCUGUUGCUAAAACACCACCUUCGUCCACCAUUAUUUUAGCGUGUAUGUGUGCGUGUAUAUAUAUAUAUAUAGAUAUGUAUGUAUAUUAUUUUAAAUUAUAGGAAAAACGAUCUGAAUGUUCACCAACCAACAAAUAUAUACUAUAUUAUAUAUUAGAGCUCUCUCAAUUUGUUUGUUUAUUUAUAUG